CUUCGAAACGCGUACGACGUGUAUGCGACGUCGCUCCGUUUUUCAAAACUCAUAUAUACAAUUUUUCCUACUAUAUCAACCAAAUUAUCUGAAGUUUUCAAAUUCGAUAUAACACUCCGGUUUUUGCUGCUCUAUUAUCAUUGUAUACGAGAAUAAACGUGAACGAUUGAGGCAUUAGCGAAAGAGAAAAAAACCCAUCGACGAGAGUUGCAACAUUCAAAACAACAACAGCAACAGCAACAUAUAAACAACAACAAUUAUUUAGAAAGAUCCGAAAAGCUGCAUUUUUUUGUUUUUGUUUUGUUUUUGGAUACAUCACAGCAUUACAUUCGAUGGACGAACGCCGUCAUUGUGGCGCUAGUUUUUUGAUUAAUUUUUUUAUACAUGCCGAUAUUUAGUUCUGGGUGAAACAAGUGAACGAGAAAGAAAAAUAAAUAAAUAAAUAAAAAUCGACGACCACAAAUCAACAAAAGUGAAUUUUGUGCAAAGUGUUAGUUACAGAAAGACAUCUAUAAUAGACUCGAUACUUCGUCAAUAUUUUGUGUUGACUGAGUUGCUAUGCAUUAAGAAUUUGUUCUAAAGUUAUGUGCACCAGCAUUCCGGUAUCGCCGAACAAGAAACUCAGACACCCAAAUUGAUCUAAUAUCGUAAUGUCGUUUACAUUUUACAUAAUUUGCACAUUUGGUUUAAUUGUUAAAGUGCAGUUUUGUCGCGAAUCGCGGUCCAAAAUAAGCCAAAUGAACUGAUAACUUAACCCCGUACUUAUCAAUACUGUAUACCAAAAAGAAAACGAAACAAACAAACAAACAAAACAAACACGGUUGACAAAUAAAUUCGAAACCAAUGUGAACACUUUUUUUUUUCAAAUUCAAACCGAAUCGAUUGAAAUCCAAUGUAUACGAAUCAAUCUUUGAUAGCCGAAAACAAAAUUAUACGAUUUGCUCAAUAAUUUAUAAAAAGAAAAUUCCAAACAUUUUGAUUACGAUUAAGUAAGAUAUUUUAGCAGAAAAUUCUAAUUAUUUAUACAAAGAACACAAAACAAAAAACGUAUACAAUUUAACACUGCAGCUAGACACUCUUUUUUGGGGGGACAGAAUAAAAGCAGCUAUAAAAAUAAAGAAAUUAUUACAUAAACAUAUAAAGUUUUAAACAAAUCAAUAAACAACACAGUUUAAGAUUUGAACAGUGAAUACACGGAACGUUUUUAUUGUGAAUUUGUGUUAUUGGUCUCAAGACAUCGUUGAACAUACAGACAUACAUACAAAUAUAUAUAUAUAUAAACAUAAACGAUUGACGACAGAAUUUCGCGCGCGUGGACUUUCGGAAAAUCAUCAAAUUAAUUCUGUUAAUUUUGUCGCAACGAAGAGAGAUCAUCGAAAUAGUUUAUAUGUUUAAGUUUGUCGUUCGAGUGCAAAGUAGACAAAGUUCUUGAAUAAUCGUCAAAUUAUAUUGAAAAUCCUUCAAGUUAUACGAAAUAAUACGAAUAAAGUUUUGGACAUUUGAAGCACUCAAAUAAAAUACAAAAAAAAAAAAACAUUUAGUUGUUGUGUGAGUAAUCACAAACUAGAAAGUGGCACAAAUUGAGUUUGAAGCCGCUCCCAGAGCAUUGAUGGCUCAGCCUAGGUAUGAUGAUGGCCUGCACGGCUACAUGAAUUCAGGAGCAGCAGCAGCAGCAAUGUAUGACCCACACGCUGGCCAUAGGCCACCAGCUCUACAAGGAUUACCAUCACACCACUCACCUCAUAUGAGCCAUGCAUCAGCCGCAUCGGUUGGAAUGCACGGAUAUCACACUGGACACGGUGGUACGCCUAGUCAUGUGUCACCAGUUGCAAAUCCAAUGGGUGGCACAAUAGCUGAUAAACGUGAUAAAGAUGCAAUCUAUGGACAUCCACUAUUUCCUCUGCUAGCAUUAGUUUUUGAAAAAUGUGAACUAGCAACAUGUACACCCAGAGAUCCAGGUGCUCAAGGUGCUGAUGUAUGUUCGUCAGAAUCCUUCAAUGAAGACAUAGCAGCAUUUAGUAAACAGAUCCGGGCAGAACAACCAUAUUAUUCGGCCGAUAACGAAGUAGAUUCACUAAUGGUACAAGCUAUUCAAGUACUUCGGUUUCACCUCUUAGAAUUAGAAAAGGUUCACGAAUUAUGCGAUAAUUUCUGUCAUCGAUAUAUAACAUGCCUGAAGGGAAAAAUGCCAAUAGAUUUAGUGAUUGACGAACGGGACACCACCAAACCGCCAGAAUUGGGCGGUUCUGCGAAUGGUGAAGGUAGAAGUAAUGCUGAUUCAACAUCACACACUGACGGAGCGAGUACACCAGACGUUCGGCCGCCAAGUUCGUCAUUGUCAUAUGUUGGAGCAAUGAACGAUGAUGUAAGAUCACCCGGUAGUGGGAGCACACCUGGACCAUUAUCACAACAACCACCUCAUGGCUUAGACACAGAUCCUGAUGGACGAUGGUGUCGAAGAGAGUGGUCAUCGCCUCCAGAUGCACGAAAUGCAGAAGCAACGAGACGAUUAUAUUCUUCAGUCUUCCUAGGCAGUCCGGGUGAUGCAAGUAAUGCUAGUAUAGGUAGUGGAGAAGGUACGGGUGAGGAAGAUGAUGAUGCCAAUGGCAAAAAGAACCAAAAAAAGCGAGGUAUAUUCCCAAAAGUUGCAACAAAUAUCCUUAGAGCGUGGCUGUUUCAACAUCUAACGCAUCCGUACCCCUCCGAGGAUCAGAAAAAGCAAUUAGCCCAAGAUACAGGAUUAACAAUACUGCAAGUAAAUAACUGGUUUAUUAAUGCAAGACGUAGAAUUGUGCAGCCAAUGAUUGACCAAUCAAACAGAGCAGUUUUUACUCCACACGCAGGACCAUCGGCAGCAUAUCCAGAAGCAAUGGGAUACAUGAUGGAUGGACAAGCGCAUAUGAUGCAAAGACCUCCAGGUGAUCCAGGCUUCCAUCAAGGUUACGCACACUAUCCACCAGCAGAAUACUACGGACACCAUUUGUAAUUGCCAUUUUAAGUGUGUGAACGAUUUUAGAAUAUCAAAUUCUGCCCCCAGUGAGCGUGUUGCAUAUAAAACAAACGAAUAAAAAACCACAAAAAAAAGAACACAAUUCAAUAACAUUUAAAUUAAUGGAAAAUUCAAUGGAGAAAAAGAAUCACAUGUUACCAAUCAAUUUACUUUAAUUCGUGCAUUUUUGUUCAAGAGAAUCAGCAAUAAAUGUGUCUCUGAAUAAAAAUCCAUCAAGAAGAGAAGCAAAAGAUGAUGAGCCAUUUACGGCACAGGACAUCGAUACGAAUUUACACAAAGACCUCGAGCCAUUUCAUUAUAGCAUAUAGUGAAAGUUGUGGAUCGGGCACGAGACACAGCACCAGAAGCAUUUCAAAUAAACAAAAAAAAUAAAAAUGAAAAAAAUCAGAAAAUUUAAAGGUGAAAUCACUGAACAAGAAUGGAGGGUAAUAUAUGUAUAUGAAAUCUACGAAAGAAUUUAGAUGUGGCGCUAUCAAUGCAAUUAGGUCAUUAGACGUAAUGAGAAAAAAAAACACACACACACAUAAAUUUAUGGAAUAGUUAUAUGCAUACAGAUGGAGAGAAAAAAAAAUGAAAAUGGAAGGCAAAAAAUUAUGAAAUCUUAUAUUUAAGUGAAUUAUUUUAAAAAUAAUUAAAGUAUGUAAUAAUAAUUAAUGAUCAUAUUGAUAGAAGUGAAAGUAAUGUAGAAUAGAGAUGCAACAAAUGAUCUUGAUAGAAAAUAGUUAAUACAGACAGAUGAAAAUGAAGUGAAAGGAAUAGAAGAAAAAAAAUUGAGAGCAAAUGCGCGUGAAAAAUACGUAAAUACACCUUCAGCUAAACUUACGCAUCCCUUACACAGUUAGACAUUUAAAAAGCAAAAAAAAAACACUUUCACACGUUAAUUAUAUUAGCAAGAAGAAAAAAAAGAACAAAGGUAUGGACAGAUUCUGGUGCAUGUGAGCAUACAAUAUCCGAAGAAGUGAAUGAAGCGUAGUUUUGAAGCGCUUUAUCAACGAUCAUUAGCAUAAAGCACACGUUUAAUUAGUUAUAACCCUAUGAAUGAUAGAAAAAGGCUCGCCAAUGUGUCACAUAUAUGUAUUCAUAUACAUACGAACACACAAACACACUUAUACAUAUGAAAACAACGAGAUGUGUUCUAUUUUUCCUCUCUUUUUUGAAAAUCGGUUUUCUGUCUGCAUUCGACUAAACAUUUUGUGCUUUUGUUUAAGUAAAUCAAUUUGUAAAAAGUAAAUAUAAUCGUGAACUGAACGGGAAAUGAAUGAAACAAAAAAAGCGAUAUAAAAUGGCAACUGAAGGGCAGCUCUUUCAAACCUAAAUUUAAACAAAACAAAAAAAAAAUCACAAUCACAAUGAGACGGGAAAGCAUUGCAAAUGUAUUGAAUAUUUUAUAAAGUGUGUGUUUUUCUAUUGUUUAAAUAUCGAAUUUGAUCUAUUCUAACAUUUUCUUUUAAAACAUACUGUGUUCGUUGCUUUAUUUGUGGUUCACGGUCUAUGAUCAGGGGCUGAAUGUUUGUCAUGUGGCAAGAUAAGUUGAAAUUGAAGAGACUAUCUAUCAUAUUUUAAAUUUCUUGCUACAAAAAAAAAACUCAAACUGUAUACAUGUAUAAAUAUUCGUGAGUUUGGCUGAAUAGAACUUUUGCGCUAGAUAAUAGACACACAAACAUUCACACACACACAACAAGUGAAGUAUGUUAUUAAUUUGAUGUAAAAACCGUUUGUUCUUCUUCUUUUUUUUACAUAAACGCCGGCACAAAUCAGGAUUGAAUGCUCUGAUAGUAUUCGAUCAAUUUAAAAUUAUUGUUACAGUUUAUUUUUCAGUGAGAUACAGACUCUGUGUACAAAUAUGUAUGUAAUGUAGGAAACGAAUGAUGACAUAGGGAAAAUGAGAGUUAGAAGAAGAGAAUAAAAAAACAAAAGGAAAAAAGCAAGGAAAUUUUAAUUGCAAAUAAGUUUAUCCUUAAAUGUAAUUUAUACUAAAGUAUGAAUAAUCUAAGAAGAUGGCAUAGUUUAAUGCAAAAAACAAAAGAAAAUGCUUUUUUUUCAUUAAACUAAAUGAAAGUGGGCGAGAAAAAAUGAAGAAGAGAAAUAGAAUUAUGUGAAACACGAGCAAGUGGUACAGAAUACUUAUAAAUAAUUGUGAAUGAUAUAUAAAAAAAGGAAAUACAUGGAUUUAGUUUGUUUAAGGUUCAGAAAACAUCAGUUGCAAGCGUUACACUGAAAAAAUAUACUGAAAUAAGCUAAAUAUUCUUCAAAGAGUUGACAACAUAGAAAAACAACAAGUGUAAGCAUAAGAUGUAAUAAUUAUCUAUAACAAUAGUAAUAAUUAUGAUAGUAAUAAUACAUGAACUAUGGAGGAAAAAAAGGUGAAAUGGUGAUGAUGAUGAUUAAUUAUUAUUGAUUAAAAAAACACACACACAAUUUAGAUAUAAAUGAUAAACGCAACCAACACAUGAAAUGAACAUUUUUGAUCUAAAGCGAAAAUAAACAAAGGUAAAUCGUCACGAAAGCUUCAAACAACAAACAAAAAUCUAAACUACAGCAAUGGUUUACUAAUAGAAAUUUACACCAACACAAUCACAAUCACACACACACAAAACGAUAAAUGAAAUUAUUAGCGUAAAAAAUUAAUCUUUAAUAAUAAACAAAAAAAAAAUGAAACAAAAAUUAUUCUUUAGUAAGAAAAAAGGAACCCCAAUUUUGAGUGAAAUAGAUGACAUUUUCACGAAAAUUAAAUACAAAAAAAAAGCAUUGCGCAUAGGCAGAACGCAUCAGAAACAAAGCAAAAACAAAAAAAACAUACCGUGAAAAACAUAGUGUGUUGACCAAUUUUUGGACUUGUAACAGAUCAAAAUAUGGUGAAUAUUCCGCAAAAAAUACCAACCAGAAAACUACUUUUGAAGAUCAAUCAAGACUUGCGAACAUUUGACAUCUUAACAUUUUUGGAUAAUCGAUCAAUCAACCAAUAAAUACCAUAUUCGAAAGGAAUAUGGUUAAAGUCGGUAAAUGAAAUCAUUUUGGAAAUAUUAUUUAAAUGUCAUUUCGUUCAUUAAAUCCGGGGCACAUAAAUCAGAAAAAUGAAUCAAAACGAUAAUCGAAUUUCACACGAAAUGCCAAGGUGUCAAAAUUGAAUUUAACUUAUCGUUUGAUAUGCUUGCGUUUAUUGACAAUUUCUUUCAAUCAAAAAGUUUCAUUCAACAAUAAAGGUGGUGACCUGAUUAGAAAAAAGAAACGAUAUUGAAAAAUUCAUUCACUACUCUUUUGGACGGUGAUACGUUUUAUGUUUUGUUUAAAAUUCACUCAAAUUUCAAUUGAUUGAAAAAUUGGUGAAUUCAAGAAAUGUCCACAUGCAUAGAAUUGUCAUGUCAUUUUCAUUAACGACUUUCCCAACGAGGAGCUUUUAUAAUCAUUCUCCACUGAUAUGAAUUUAAUAUGAAUCACACAAUUGACAUGCACAUUCUUAGACGUGAUAAAUAUCACUUUCUUCAUACACAAACAUAAUAAACCGACAAAACACACAUACACACAAACACAUGCACAAAUUCAUAAUUUAAAAUUGUAUACGAACUUAGUGUCAUUACUUGAAAUUAGAAUUUGCUUUAUGUACAUUUUUUUCCAGUCAAUAAACGAUGUAUGAAUCGAACGGAAUAUAGAUUAAAUUUAUAGAAAGACUUACUCAAUCGAUCAAUGUAUACAUACAAUAACUUGAUUUGUUCGACACACACAACAAAAAAAAACAAAAAGAGUUUUUGAAUUUUGUUUACUUCCAAAAAAAAAUAACUAUAUAUUUUUCAUCAUAAUGGCAUAUCGGAAUAUGCAUGGAACAAAAUUGAUAAAUAGAUAGAAGGGUUAACGAGGAGCUCAAGCCACAACGUAUUGCUAAUGGUCACCACACUUUACCUUUAACUGACACUGCAAAUUAAAAUUCAAUGAAUUCAUAUCAUCGAAGCGUAUAAGUUAUUGAUUUGCAGAUUUUGUCAGCAAAGGCAGUCAAUCCAAAACAUGCUUUUUCCAUUUUUCAACUCUUCCACACACAUACUUUUCGCCAAUGCACAACCUGAUUUAGCGAUGUUUGUCAGUGUAAGAAUUGCUCGGAACGAUGAAACUAAACAUAUUUCAUUUUGCGGAUAAAAAACAAUGCUCUUUCGAUACUCAAACGUAGCAAAGAAAUCGAAAUUUUUUUGGAAACAUUAACGAAAGUAACUAAAAAAAAAAAACAAAUGAAACUAAACGAAGAGAAAACCUUCAAGUAAUUGAUAAAAUAUGUAUACCAUUUUGGCUGUUUUAUUUUUCUUCGAUGUCAGAAUAAAACCUUUGAUUGAUCACUACACUAUUCGCCUUAAUCAUGUAUACGACGAAUCUUCGAAUUAACAAAAAAAUGUGAAACAAAACGAAAAUUAAAAAAAAAAAAAUAUUUAAAGUGCUAACUGUAGGAAUUCACAGACAACA